GAGUCAUAGAUUCGGACGACUUUUAAAGACGAAUUAUUUGUGAUACAUACUUUUAUAUUACCUAUGUAUAUUCUAAGUUAUUCUAGCUUUGGAUUAGCACAAUAGGCUGCGUUUUCUCUAAUAUUAAUAAUUUAACACAUAAAAACACGAAGAAAUAGUAAAAAAUAUUUACGGCGCUUUAAACAUUUUACAGGUACUAACGAUGUUGGUUAGCGAGGACUAUCAAAAUGUCACAAAUCGCAAUGUUUAUCACAAGCAUCAGAUCUGACAAAGUUACUAAAACAACAAAGACAAAAGUAGCCUACAAGAUGCUGACAAUAACUCUUCUGCUGGUGCUGACCGCAUGUUUGCUAGUCUACAAGAUACGACAAAGAGCUAAACACGACAGAAUGAUAGAGUGUAUUCCCGCCGUACCCAACGCCUUUCCACUCAUUGGGAAUGCGUACAUGUUACUGGGAGAUAGCCAGGAUACAUUCGAACUAAUAAGGGUGUACAGUUACAAGAGCAACCGUGCCGGCGGUAUAUUAAGAUUCUUGAUCGGCACCCAACAAUUCUUUAUUGUGACGAACCCUCAAGUAGCUCAUGCGAUCAUGAACACAUCCUUAUCAAAGAGCUACAUGUAUGAUUUCUCCUUAAAUUGGGUCGGAAGAGGACUCUUUAACACGACAGCUUCACGAUGGAAACAGCAAAGAAAACUGCUGAACCCAGCAUUUUCUCAGAAAGUCAUCGAUGGGUAUUUGGACCUUUUCAACAGAAACGCAGAAAAUUUAGUUGAGGCUCUUUCAACUAAAUGUGGUACGGGCAGCUUUGAUGUCGUGCCGGUGCUCACCGAUAUGACUUUGGAAAAUAUUUGCCAAACCGUGAUGGGGUUGCCAGCUGAAACGAUGAAGACAGUGGUGGACGAUCGAUACACACAAACCGCUAAAACCCUCCUCGAUGUACUAAUAACUAGGCUGCAAAAGUUUUGGUUUCAUUCCGACAUCCUGUAUCACUUUUCAUCGUUGAAAAAAGAGGAGAGUCGGUUGAUCAAAAUCGCCCAUGAAAUUACUUGGAAGGUGGUAAGACAUAGAAAAGCAAUGCUACAGAAUUUACCUUCCAAUCAUGGCACGGAUCAAGAGCCAAACCGACUAAGCUUCCUAGACCUGCUGUUGGACUGGCACGCCAAGGGUCAUUUAUCAGAAGCUCAGGUGAAGGAGGAAGUGGACAGUAUGCUAAUAGCCGGCUACGACACAGUGGCCACCCAGGUUCUAUACACCCUCAUAGUACUCGGCUCCCUACCUGAUGUGCAGGAGAAAGUCUAUAGCGAGUUGCAAGAAGUGUUUGGUUCCAACAGCGCAGUUACUAAAGAGGGGCUGAGUAAGUUGGUGUACUUGGAUGCCGUGGUUAAAGAAGUCAUGAGGAUGUAUCCAACCAUUGGGGCGUUGGACCGACGUAUUGAUCAAGACAUUAAGUUUGACAACUUCACGCUACCAGCCGGCAGCACAGCAUUCAUCCUGAUCUGGGGCAUCCACCGGCACCCGUGCUGGGGCGACGACGCUCACCACUUCGACCCUCAGCGGUGGCUGCAGCGCCGGGUGCCGGCUGACCUUGGGGCCUAUGCCGCCUUCGGGCUGUGGCCACGGGUUUGCAUCGGCAGAUCCUACGCCUACCUGAGCAUGAAGACAACAUUAGUCCACAUCCUGCGUCUUUACCGAGUGGAGGCGAAUCUCCCCAAUUUGGAGCUAAAGUUCGAUCUGCUCACCAAACCUGUGUGUGGACACCACAUCUCCUUGGAGCUACGAGACAAAUAA